GUCGUAGCUUACGGAGCCCGUCUGCGCAAGUGGCGCAAGUCUGUGUGUGCAGCUACCGAUGACGAACAGCGCAGAGCCCGGACCCUGCAGGCGCUAUGUUCCGCUGGUUUAAACCGAGAAAAAGCCGCUAGAAGCCGGACACGGGACUCGGUUGUCCUCUUCGGGGAAAUGGCAGCUUUUAUCAUGCAGUCUUCCUGGUUGGACAGCCUAGCAGAAACGCAGUACAGUCUAUCCCUGCCCGGCUCCCAGCUCCAGCCCUGGCUGGCUUCCUUCCUGCAGGCGCACCCCUCUGUGAGGAUCAAGGGCACGGAGCACAGCUACAACCCGGUCCUGUGCCAGGAUGAGAAGUGCACAGCCCGGGCCAAGGGCUCCCACAUGCACUGCCCCUUCUGCAGCAUCGCUGAGGCCUACCAGGACCCCGUCAUCCUGCGGGCGCACUACCGAGUCAAGCACGUGGACAAAGGCAUCGACUUCGCAGGCUUGAAGGUGCUGCGCUGCUGCAAUCACUGUGAGAUCGUGGGGACCAUCAAAGGGGAGAAGAAGUUCAAAGGGGCCCACUGGCACUGCUACCGCUGCCGAAACGGCUUCAACCGCCGCGACGAGGCCGUCAAGCAUUACAAGACCCACUUCCGCAACCCGCACACCACCUUCCAGAUUCAGAUCACCCAGGAGGUUAACAGCCGGCAGUAUUAUGAGCAGAGUGCGGAGGCACAUCCCAAGGCCUACAGCGGACUGCCCGUCACGGCUGGCUCGAAUGGGGACUACAGCACCAUCGGCUCCAUUCUGGCACAGACUGUUAUUGCCACGGCCGCAGGCACGGAGACUCUCCUCACCGAGGUGCCCAAGGACAGCAGUGUGAGCAAUGGCAUUGCAGUGGGAGCGGAGGAGACAGUGGGGCCCUCCCCACAGGCCACGGGCAGACAGACUCUGGUCCUCAUGGACCCCGACGGAGAGACUGGCAACCUGGUCUAUGAAGAAACGGCCAGCAUGGUCACAGAGCAGGGCGGGGAGAGCCUGGACCAGGGCCUGCUGCUGGAGAAACAGCUGCUGGAGCUCCACCAGCAGAACCAGGCGCUGAGGCAGGAGAAGGACGAGAUGGAGAAGAAGCUGCGGACAGAGAUCCAGCAGCUGAAAGAUCACAUGACUGGUCUGGUUCAGGCCAACAUCAAGAUGUUUGAAGAGCUGCAGCUGUACCGGGCCAAGGAGGACACAGAACAGAAGAUCAGUAAACUAGUGGAGACGCUGGAAGCUCAGCACCGUGAGCUGCUGCAGACCCAGCUGGCUGCCCUGCGGAAGGAAGUCCUGCGGGGGGCGUCGGCCCUGCCCGCCAGCGGCGACGGGGCCACUCUGCAGCUCAGCCUGCCCCAGGACGGCGAGGGCGAGGGCGAGGGGGUCAUUUCCUUCCUGGGCUCGCCGCAGGGCGGCGGGCAGGAGGGCGAGGAGGGGGCGCUGGCCGGGCUGGAGAUCGUGGAGGUCCAGCUGGAGCCGGAGACGCACCUGGCCAAGAUGGACAGCCCCCCCCCCACCGUGGCCUCCCUCUACCCUGUGGAUGUGUUACAGGACCAACAGGGGGCGCUCUCACCGGGGAAGCGGUCCCCCGAGGAGCAGCCGGAGGAUUCGGGUGAAACCAAACGGCAGCGGACCACCUGAGGUGGACAGGCCCGCCCCAUUCCUCCAGUUCCCACAGACCUGCCGCUGCAGGCCCGGUGCCCCCUGGCGGGGCACCCUGGCGCCUCAGGCAGGGGAGACUGAACUGUUGAUGCAGGACCUGACCUGCACCUGUGAAUUCCCACCUCUGGCUGUUCCCAGAUGCCCACGUCUUGAAAGCAGCAGCUGCUUUACUGCAAGACAGGAGAUGGGAGCAGUGUUUCUUACAACAUUCACACAACUGGGCUUCGACCUGGACUGUCACAGUUCACAGAGGAUUAAAGAUCAUAUCUGAAGCAGAACUGUGGUUAUUUAUUUUACUGUACUGUAUUUUAUUUUUAACAUUUUUAAAUAGAAGGCAUUGUGGAGAUGAUCUUUCAUACCUUGUGCUAAACUCUUCCUCAUCACUGACCCAUUAAUAAAUAGAAUCAGUAAAGAAGGAUAAACUGCCACUGAUCCAGGUUAGUGUUUUAGAAGAAGAUGCACUAUUUUAAAUGUGUAGCAGUUCAAAAACUCUUUGCAGAAAAUGAUAAAAAGCUGAUUUGAAUAUGUAUGGCAGAAGAGAGACUCAAGGAAUGUUCCUUGCUGUCAGCUUUUCAGUGCCACAAGCUCACUGUGAUUACAUUCAGGCUAUUCACCGAGAGUAACGUGCUUUGUAACAUGCUGUGGGCUGAUACCCACUGCCGUCUAGGAUGGGAUAAAAUGAGCAGAUUCUGCAUUUAACGUGAAAUGGGAGUCUAGCUGUUCAAAGACUGCUGAGGAAGAAGGCCUCGGUCUGCUGUGCCAGCAAGCUGCUUUGAUUGCACCCAGCCUGGGGUUUGUCCCUGUCACGGGAGUGUCCAUCUGGUGUCGAGUUAAGCCAAAGGAUAAAAUGAUCAAUUCAUUCUGCAUCCUUUAACCAGAUAUUCUUGUCAUCUUACCCAUGUUCAGUAGGACAGUGUAGUUCUUUUUAAAAUGUACUGUAUUCCUAUUGAUCAUAAUACCUACAGUACUGUUUCCAACAGAGUAUGAACGUUUCUGUAAAAUGUUUUCAAAUGUGUAAAAUUGAUGGGUGGAGUUGCAGCCUUAUCAAGCUUUCCUGUGAGGACACUGCCUUCUGAAUUACUUCCAUAGUCUUAUUAUUAAAAAGGAAACUGUGUACGUCUUAGCCUUAAUCUGAAGAUGAUUUUUGCCCUUGGGUGUUGCAGGUCAGCAAUGGUAGAGACUGGUAGUGACUGAGAGGCCUGUGAUGUUGGAUACAUAAGAACGUUGUGUAAUAUAUCACACAUGUGCGCUGCUAAUUUACUUCCUCAUGUUAUUUCAUUGCUCACUCAGCAGGAUUGUUUUUUCUGCCUUUAUAGUACUAGUCAGCAAUGAAAAUAACGUUGAAGUAUCUCAACACGGCUCCCGUUGGAACAAAGUAGGAGCUGGAUUUUAGUGCCUGGCUGUUGCCAGCUCUCUGCUUUCUCGUUUCGCACAAAAGCUCGCCCAGGCCGCCGGAGGCAGACGUGCUGGGCGUGGGUUCUGUCACAGGAGCACUGAACAAAGCCCUUCUGUUGUUGGCGAUAAGAAUUGUAACAGCCACUGCAGUGAAAGACUGAUGAGGGUGGGUGUUUACCUUCGGAAAUGUAACAGACAUUCAUAAAUAAGCCUUAAGAAGUUUUUGUCAUCGUUUGUAAAUAACAAUAAAGCACCGAGAUGAAGAUG